CUGACUAUAAUCCACCAAGUGCCCACCAGGAUAAGGAAGGAUCGGAGCGGCGAGCUCCCCGCAGGCACGGUCGGCCGCCAAGCAGCCACGAGUCCCAUCAUGUCUCGAUUAUUACCUUCACUUCUUGAGCGGCCUUCCCUAGGUUUGCACUACACUCAGCCACUCAGGGCUCCUUAUUGACAUGAACACCGCGUCGGCAGCGCUGCUGUUCCUUGCACACUGCCUUCUGCUGCUCAUGGGGUCUGAGGCGGGAGGCGUGUUCGACCACGGGCGCCACCGCGUCAGCCUCUCCCGGGUCGACGAGGCCAGGGCGCCGUCGAGGUGCGGGGGUGGCGCGCCGGCCCAGCCCGGCGCGGGCACGCUGCCGCCCAAGCCGCUGCUCGUCGCCGCGCCGCAUGAGACCGGGGAGUACCCGGUGCUCGUCUUCCUGCACGGCUACCUCGUCGUCAACUCCUUCUACUCGCAGCUGUUCCAGCACAUCGCCUCCCAUGGCUACAUCAUCGUCGCACCUCAGUUGUACACGAUAUCCGGGCCCGACACCACAGAGGAGAUCAAUGCGGCGGCGGCCGUCAUCGGCUGGCUCCCCAGCGGCCUCUCCUCCGCGCUGCCGCCCGGCGUCCGCGCGGCCGUCACCAAGGUGUCCGUCUCCGGCCACAGCCGCGGCGGCAAGGUGGCCUUCGCGCUGGCGCUGGGCCACGCCAAGCUCGCCCUCCCUCUAGCCGCGCUCGUCGCCGUGGAUCCCGUGGACGGCAUGGGCGUGGGCAGGCAGACGCCGCCGCCGAUCCUCACGGGCAGGAGCCGCUCCCUCCGUGUCUCGGCGCCGGCCAUGGUCAUCGGCUCGGGGCUCGGCGAGCUGCCCCGGGGCCCGCUGCUCCCGCCGUGCGCGCCCCGGGGCGUCAGCCACGCCGCGUUCUACGCCGAGCUGGACCGCGCCGCGGCGCCGGGGGCGUGCCACCUGGUGGCCGCAGACUACGGGCACACGGACAUGAUGGACGACGACACGCCGGGCGCCAGGGGGAUGCUCACGCGCGCGAUCUGCAGGAGCGGCGGGGCCAGGGCGCCCAUGCGGCGGUUCGUGGGCGGCGCCGCCGUCGCGUUCCUGGACAAGUGGGUGCGUGGAGACGGCGCGGCGAUGAACGGCAUCAGGGCGCGGCCGGAGCAGGCGCCCGUGGCGCUGUCCGUCGUGGAGUUUCUCGACGAGGAGGCAGUGGCGCCGACAGAGUAGCUUGCAGGAUCUGUCAUCUGCAGGACUGUGACGACAGAAAUUUGACACGUCGGAAUUACAGGUUGAUAAGAUGAAAAGGACAUGCGUAGAUUUUUGUAGAAAGCGUACACGGAGGAUUUGUAGACUCUACUCUCGUGACUGCUUUAUUUGCUCCAGUAGCAGCAGUGUAGCACUGGGGUGAUAAAAACGUAAUAUCUAACGCUAA